AUGGCUGAUAAUCCUGAGCCCUUGUACGACUCCUCCGGCGAUAAAGUCGUCACUGGCACCCGAUACUACCUCCUACCAGCGUUUAGUGGAGAUGGAGGUGGUUUUUAUACCACAAGUCCAUUCUGCCCAGGGGAUAUCUACCAAGAAAGUUCAGAUUCAUCGUUGGGUCAGCCAGUAGUAUUCUACGGUGCCAACUACAGUACCUAUGAUUAUAAAGUAGGUAAUGUUAUCUAUGAGUCCACUGAUUUGAACAUCCACUUCCCUUCUCAACUUUGUUUGCUUUUACCAAAUGCGUGGAUUGUUGGCCCAUAUGAUAGCACAGUGGGUGCAUGGAUCAUUACAGCAAGUGGGAGGAUAGGAUUCCCAGGAGGUCCAGGACCGAUUUGGUUCAAGUUUGAGAAAUUCAGAGACAAUGAAUACGUCUUGCUUUUUGAUCCCUCAGUUUGUGAGUUUUGUCAGAAUAUACCUAAGAGCUAUGUUGGGAUCGUUUCUGAGUUCGAUAGGCGUCCUGCUUUAAAUAAUAACUCACCUUUGCGUUUGAAGAUUGUCAAAGCGUCAGAUGUUCUCCAAGUUCAAGAAGCAAGACUCAACAAGGCAAUGAUUGCUAGUGUGGUUUAG